GCCAGUGAGUGAGUGCCAUCCCAAUCGUAAUUAUUUGACAUUUUAUUAUGUGCGCAUACAUAUUUUGCCAAUUGCAAUUUUUGUAUGAACGCGUGGAAUUGUUGCGAGAAAAAUUGGAUUAUUCGUAUCUUAAUUGCGCGCAAAUUAAACCGAAAUAAAUGCAGUGGUUGGUGGAAAGUUUGAAAUUAAAAUAUGAAUCAAAAGGGAGCGCGAGAACAAAAUGAUAUAUCGAUAAUAAGGAAUCUGCCCAAGCGACUGCAACAGAGGCUCGUUGAAGAUGUCGGCGAUAACUCAUUGGUAACAGUUGUUGAUACAACAAGGCAAAGUUCUAGCGGUCAACCUUCGACGUCCAAGGGAGGCGCAAAAAAUGAUGAUAAUGAUAAGAUAUCUAGGCGUUUUCUGCAAAAGCAGAAUACGACAGGUAUUGCUAACCAGCAAGGAAACGGCGCCAUAGAUGUUACGAGCAUUGAUUUUUUCUUGCAAAAAAGUGCGCCCAGUACCAGGACUCUAAACAAAAAUAAUUUAAGAAAAGAAACUGUGCCCGUUUUGGAAACCAGCGGGAAAUCAGUUGAAAGCAAACCAAAUAAUAUAAAAUGUGCAACUCCAACUACAAACUCAAAUGUCAGCAAUAGUUCAAUACCAGGAAUACUGCGUUUAAACGAUACCAAACAUGUACAAUUAAUUGCUGCAGAAAAAAGUAAGAACUGUAAUGAAAAAAAUGCAUGCCGAGAUAACGGUAAGAAAACAACGGCGCGCAUGCAUCAAAUAAAUGAUCAGUACACGAAAGACGAUAAUAUUUUAACCAAAUCCCCCGCACGUCAAUUGCAACGACAACUGAAACCACCUCCUUGGUUUGAUAUGCUCACUGGCAUACAAUAUGUUGAACAGCUACCAAAACUUUACGAAAAAGUUACAUCGUUCAUACAGCAAAAUAAAGUAAUUGAGAAUUGGCCGGAAUUUAAUGAAGCUCGUUUGGAGUUACAAAAUAUAUUCACAAAUCUGUUGCUGCAACAAUUGAAAUUAUGCUGUGAACAGAAAAUCGACACAUUUUUUUGGAAGUUGCUGUACUAUAAUGUGCGCGAAUAUUUCAUAUCAAAUAGCAAAUUAACAGCUGCUGAUGGUAAACACAAUCGUUUGCUUUUACUUAUUGACGAUGGUUUAGAUUUCUACACUAAACUGCAUAUGAAACUUAAUACAAAAUAUAUAAAUACCGAUCAGAAACACACAGCAAACAAUAUCACUAUAGAGAAGGAAGCGCCAACACAACGUUCAACGCACAAAUUUGAAUUCAUCGCCAAAGUGGCCGCCCAGAAGUUACUCAUUUGUCUGGGUGAUCUCUGUCGCUACAAAACUAAGGAACUGCAAACAAAUGACUAUACCGACGCAGCUAAAUAUUAUCAGCAAGCGCAGACGCUGAUACCAACAAAUGGCAUUCCCUACAAUCAAUUGGCCAUCCUAUCCAUAUAUGCGCGUAAGAAAUUCGAUGCCGUUUAUUUUCAUAUGCGUAGCUUAAUGUCCUCCAAUGCCAUAUAUUCAGCGCGUGAAAGCCUCUUAGUUUUGUUCGAUGAGAUUCGUAAGAAGUACGAAGAGACUGAAUUAAAGACUUCGCCGGUGCAUCAAGGUAGCCCACGUAAUAAUAACAGUAGAAAUUCCAAGUCGAUGCGUAAAGAAGUUUGGAUACACGUAGAUGGCGUACGGCGCUUGCAUCAUUCCGCUGAACCGGACAAUAACAAAAGCAAAAGUGUUGCACUAAAAGAGGAGAAGAAGCUGAAAGAUUUAACCAGUGAAGAGCUGCUGCGCCGUUUUACAUCGCUCUAUUUGUAUGUUAUUGGAAAAUUAUACACUGGCAUAGGCAUGGAGUCUAUUGUCGAACAGCAACGCAAACUAUUGGCGGAACUCAAUGUUUUAUUAAGUCGCAGUCCAUUUCCAAUGAAACGAUCUCGCCUACUCAAGAUAGUGGCAUUAAAUAUAUUUUCACUCGAGCACAAUAUGCACAAAGAAUCACGUCGUGAAAUCCGCUAUUAUGCAUUUAAUUUUUGUAAUCAGUUCCUUGGGCUUUUGCUACGCAAGUGCAAUCAAUUAUACAAAACAUUCAAGGUGGAUAUAUUGGAACGCGAGAUGCUGUGUCAUGCCGAUCUAAAUACUUUACUGCAAUACAUAAACAUUUAUACGGACUGGUUGUCGCGCAAUGUGGACAUAUGGGAGCCAGUGCGCAGUGAAGAACAUAUCAUUAUUGAUUGCUGGACAGAGUGGGCGAGUUUUUAUGAAUUCCUUCGACGCAUGAUAGAUGAAUCGACCAUAAAUAGAGCACCACGCUACAUGUUGGAAGAGGAGUUGUAUCUGUUGGGUUUUACACCAAUCAUGUCCGCCACCAACAACAGUAGUGUGCAUAAAAAUGUUGUCAUGCCAUCCUCGAAUGAUAGCGAACAGUUUUUUCCACGCAUUUUAAAAAUACACGCUUUUCAUGCGCAUUACGCGAAAGAUGUAGAGAAAUUGCUAAUGCACAACGACUCAUUUACAUUGGAAGAGCUGAACGGUGCUAUGGAGCAGGCGCUGUGUACGCUGCAAAGCGAUGAAGAUGAUAACAGUGAAAAUAUCGUAGUAAAUGGCGAGAGCGCGGAAUUAACGCUCAAAGAGCUUAACUCGACGAAAACCGAUUGCAUUGAGGAUGCGCAAAUUUCGCAAUUAUCGCGUAGAAAAAAGGAAUUAGAAGCGCGUUCGAAUGUGAAGAAAAUGUAUAGUGCAAAGUUGGAAGAGAUACUCAAAUUUGUCGACACCACGCUCUACAUAGAAGUGCGUCCGAAGUAUCUUAUGCCGGAUACAAACUGUUUCAUAGAUUGUCUUGACGAUUUCCAGAAGCUUAUUAAUGAGUAUAAGCGUUACAUAUUGGUUAUACCGCUAACUGUUGUGAAGGAAUUAGAUGGACUCGCUAAGGGCGUAAAAGUGGAAUCUUAUCAAAACUCUUUACAAUUCCAACGCAUACAUCAUUACGACGACGUUUCCACGUGCGCCAAACGUUCAUUGGACUUCAUACGUAGCGCUAAAAAUAAUGUGAAAUGUGCCACUACUAAGGGUUCAUUCAUCAAUGCUUCGUUGUUUGCCUUGUGCGAGGAGGAGAAUGUAUCGAAUGAUGAUAAAAUCCUAGCCACCGCAGUUGCACUCUCGAAAACCAUGAGCACUGAGACGAAUAAGGACGGCAAAUACUUUAUACAAACCGAAUUGGUUAUGAUCACCACCGAUCGUAAUUUGCGCGUAAAAGCUUUGGCUCGCAAUUUGACUGUCAGCGAGAUGGGUGAAUUUCUCAAAUGGGUCAAGGAUUGUCAUGCCUAGCAGCACUAUGCAGACAUUUUCUUUACAAUAUAAAAGAGUUUAUACAAAAAAGUGUGUGCGGUCUCUGUAAUGAAAAUUUUGCAUACAUACAUAUGCAUCACAAUUUGUGAUUCAAUUUCUUAUAUACAUACAUAUAUACUUACAAUAUACAACAAACUUUUAGCACUUACGUAAAUAUAUUGAAAAAAAAAAAACAUAUAUAUUUGUACAACUAACGGUGCUAAUAUAUACAUAGCCAUACUUCAAGAUUUAUUUGUACACAUACUAGGUAACUACUAUGCAUUCUCUAUUAUUUUUUUUUUUUUGGUAAACUUAUGGGUUGUACCAACAAUUUGUUAAGCGUACAAUCGGGGUUUAGGUGAACUUUUAUACAACUUUUCCGUGUGAAAUUUUCUUACUUCCAAUAAAUGUGAUUUUGCUAUCAGAA